CAUCAGAGAAUGUAGUUCGUCAUGUGGUGGGGUCCAGAACGGCGGCGAGAGGGCGAGAGCGAUCGCCGACCUGCCGAUUUUAAUUAAUAUUAUGGUUCACUGAUCGGACGCAUUAUCACCUGUGGAAGCAGCGCGUGGGUUCAUUUACUCGUUAGAAAAUAAUUGUUGCGUUAAAGUUACUGCACAGAGCUCGAGCGCAACCCAUGACACACCGGUAUUGCCGAAUCGUAGCUAGACGACGUUCACAAGUGAGGAAUAGUAACUUCUACCGCUUUAAUUGCACCCAGUUCGGGACGCUUUUCUUCUUCGUUGCCGGUGCAACCGCACAGCUUUGCACUCUGCCCUUUAGGAACUUCGGUUCACUGCCUAUGCGCGAAUUUGGCGUAAAUACAACCAUCGUUCAGCGGUUAAAGGAAAAGGGAGAGAAAAGACGAAACCUCUCAACGCAACAGUAUCCGUGUGGUAAUAUAGUUCUAAACUUUUAACACGCUUAAACGUUUUUGUUUUGUUUUUCAGUUGACAUUCUAUUUGAUCCUUGUACAUUUAAAAAUUUGUAAUAAAUAUUUAAAGGUCAGUGUUUACGUAUAUAAGUUGCAAAUUAUAAACUUUAGAACAGUGGAAGACUACGCGGAACAGGCGCGUGGGAAAACGGUAUUAAUCCGCAGAUAGCGGUUGUUUGCAGUAAUAUUUGUUCAAGAGGCUGGGUAAACAACGCCAUGUGCGCGUCCGAGUCGUCCAGCGACGACGAUACAACGCUGUCGUCAGCCGAUUACUUCAACUUAAACGACACGGACUGGGACGAAAGACUGCAAGAAUCCGCCGAUCGCGAGUACGAUCAGUUACGUAGUAACCUUAUGUUAAGCGAAUCGGCGACAACGCUAGGAACCCGCAAGCACGGUGCUGCGCGCAAGCCUUCGCCCCAGCCCGUUGUAAAACGUUUCCGAUCCCAAUACUUAACUGCCGACCCAGUCAGAAAAUUCCCCGAAAGUGUUGCAUCAUCAGCAUCAUCGCCGCCUCAUAGGCCGCCUAUUGAGACAACGAAAUCAGAACAGAAAACAGUCCGCUUCGAACCUGCGCUGGCUUUCAGUGAACACGUCGUUUCGGAGAAAUACGUCAGUAGAACGGCGUAUAGGCCAUUCUUUAAGAUUACUGCACACAGUAAACCCAUCACUGCCUCCUUCUGGGCUCCAGCCCCUUUCGGAGAACUGCUCCUAAGCUCGUCUCUUGACGGCUGCGUCAAGUUGUGGCACACGACCACGGGGCGUUGUCUGUACAUCCGUCAGGCUGGACAGAGUAUCCGCUGCGCUCGUUUCACGCUCUGCGGUCGCAAGGUGUUCCGUUGUGGAUGGGACGGUCAGUUGGUGCUCUUGGACCCUGUCGGGGACGGCGCGGUCUUCGCGUGCACGCCGGAUGGAGGCCCUCCUUCGUGCCUAAGGCCGGACCCCUCCAAUGAAGCUCAAGUAUUCGUAGGUUGCAGGGAUGUGGCGCAACUCUGGGACACGCGCCGACCCGCCGACGCCGGCCCUGUCCGCUGCUUCCAAGCCCGCUGCGGCGACAUGCUCGACCUCCUCCCCCUCCACGGCGGACUCGAGCUUGCGUGCAGCGGAGACCUCGUGGCGAGAGACUCGUGCUGCGCCGCGCUCUCAGUCUGGGACGUGGCCUCGGGGGCUCCACUUUCCGCGCAGCUCUACCAGGAACGCUACACCCUACCCUGCCUCGAAGAACUGCCUCCGGGGAACGCGUUCCUGGCGCAGUCCAACGGCAACUACGUUGCCAUGUUCGACGCAGCGCGCCCGUACCGCCUCCACAAGAAGCUGCGCUAUGAGGGACACACUGUAGGCGGACACGCGGUGAGGUGUAGCACAUCAUUGGACGGUGUUUUGCUGUGCAGCGGAGACGCAGAGGGUGUGGCACAUGUGUACAAGGUACGGUCAGGUGUGGUUGCCAGUGUGGUGGCAGUGCCAGGAGGCCCGGCAGUCACACACCCGCACUGGCACCCGAGCCGGCCAGGACUGUUGGCUCUUGGCUGCGCGGACGGCUCCGUCCACUUGUGUAGGUGAUCGGUCGUUUGGGCACCCGCAAACGCCAGAGUUUGUGCCUGUGAACACGACUUCUAGUUGCCUGAGUGUAUAUAGUGACAGUAAAAGAUUUCCAUUCGUCUA